UCUACCUUGUUCAGUCUCUACUUAGACAUCAAAGUCCACCGCCCCGGGUCGGUCCCUAUCUUGAGGGUCUUGUGAGGUGGUGAAACUUCCAAGCAAAAAUAGCAUAUACCCAUGAGCACACCGCUCGGCGAGCUACCGAUAGGGGAGCUGGCAAAACGAACAUUAGACAAUGACGAAGAGGAGCCGUCCCAAGAUUACAUCGAUGCCCUUGUCAAGCACAGGAACCAGAACCCCUUGGACCUCAAUUUUAUCGUAGAGUUGAGCAAAUGCGGUCGCAGUAGAAGUGGGGGCAAUGGUUUUGGCGUGGCGACUUGUAUGGAGGACUAUUGCUGGACAGACGUGAUCCUCGACGCUGACCCGGAUCUGCCGGAAGGCGGCAAGAAGGCCGGUAUCGGAUCCCUGUACAAUUACAAGAUCCACUGUCUAGAACCUGAUCACGUCAAAGGGCGUACUCAGCGAAUUGCGAAAGAGGCCAAAGCAAAAUCCGCUCCCACACCCAAAAUAUUCGAAGCAAUGGAGAAGCAUCAUUCAACUCCCACGUCUGUUCCUAGCUCCGCGUCGAAGCCUCGAGUCAAGCAGGAGAAUCUCGGCAUCUCUAGGAAGGGAUCGAACGCGAGCAUCGGGGGAGAAACUUAUACCUCCUCUCAGGCAUCAUCCCGUGCAUUCAACACUUUGUCUGCCAACAUACCUCGUGUUCCUGAAUUCGAUCGCAAAGGCAAAGGAAGGGAGCUCAAGCCAACCGCUUCCCAACUGUCUGCAGCUCUGCGGCCUCGAGGCAAUGGAUCAAGCGAUGCGCCUCUUAUCGUCUCAGACGCCGAAUCAGAGGACGAGGUGCUCCCCCUGAGCGAAGAUGAGAUCCCACUGAACCUGAGGCGAAAAUCGAACAAGGAUGCGCCGAUCGUUCUCGAGGAUGAUGACGAGAAACCUUCGUCGUCGUCUCGCUUUACUUUGCCUCUCGCGGAUAUAUUCACGGCCAAGACCUCAACACAGGCCAAGGGUCUUUCGCGUCACGGCUCAAUGUCAACGAUUAAGGCAGAGGUGAAGUCUGACGUCUCGAACGAGAGGUCUGGAAAGCCCCGUUCUGUCAUUCCCGACGCCAUGAAUCACGUCGAUGCAUGGCGACAGGCGACGAUACCUCCUCCCCCGGCCUCCAGGCCAGACGCUGGCCUUCGACGAUUUGAAGAUCCCGUUGGGCAUCUCAGGGCUCAUACAGCCGCUGUACCUACUCCGCAGACUCAAGUCGAUAUUUACCGCAACAUGUCGCCCAGUAUCAGUCUCUUCAUGGCUAAGAGCGAGAGCAUAUUCAUCUCUGACACGCCGCUCCUCAGAUCCAAUCUGCCUCCGGCAAUCUUAGCUCAAAUCGCUGUGCGAAAACAUCACUGCGAUCAAAUCGUCCUCUACAGAGGCAGGAUUGCGUACAUGUCACCACCUCGAACAAUCCUGGAUGCGGUUCCUUCGCUAGCCCGCUAUCUGGCUGCUUGUGAAGCUUCUGCCCGCUUGAAGCUGGCUCGCCGAGCUAACAAUUCUGCCUCAAGUGCUGCCUCAAGUGCUGCCUCAAGUGCUGCUUCAAUUACGGCUCCUGCUCAUCCCAUGCCCGGUGCCUAUGAUGUCAAGCCUGUCGUUUCGGGUUCCAACAUGGGAUAUCUUUCUGCCGGAACGUCCACCAGGAACAUCGACCAGCUCGACGAAGAUCAGCUCUUCCAUCCUGCAAUGGAAUACGGCACGGAAUGGGGCAGACCUCAGAGCUCGGAAGCCCUCACUCAGCUCUUUCAAACCACUUUGAAUGACUUUCACGAGGACAUCAGGGUUGAAGAAGCUGUAGCUGGCAUUGGUUUGCAGUCCCUCGAGGAUCGUCUACCAGGGCUAGAGGUGCGACUCAUGCCCCAUCAGAUUAUUGGUGUCCACUGGAUGCUAGAGCAGGAACGCAAGACAGGAUCUCCGGGCGGGAUUCUUGGGGACGAGAUGGGACUCGGAAAGACCGUGCAAACCAUUGCGACUAUCGUCGCAAAUCCCAGCACGAUGCCAAAGAUCAAGACCACCCUCAUUAUUCUCCCGGCCGCCUUGAUGCAACAAUGGAAGAUGGAAAUAGAGACGAAAUCCAACUUGUCGGUCCUCAUUUACCACGGCCCGAAGAAGACCAGAAGUGUCAAUGCUUUGAAGAACGUCAAUGUGGUAAUAACUACCUACGGUACUAUGACUGGUGAAAGACCGCACGAUCCAGAUGACGCAACGGAGCGCAAGAAAAAGAAGAGGAAGAAGCAACCCGGCGACACAGGCUGUGACUCAUUCGUUUCAGACGACGAGGAGGCUUUUCAACCCCGCCGUAAAGCUGGAAUCUUGUUUCAGAUGGAUUGGUACCGUAUCGUCCUGGACGAGGCCGCCAUCAUACGCAACAAAAACACUAUUGCAUCCAAAGCUGUAGUCAAGCUAAAGGGUCGCAUUCACUGGUGCUUGACGGGAACACUCAUCUACAACAAGCUCGACGAUAUCUUUCCGUACCUUCGCUUCCUCGGCACCAUCACAUGGGAUGACUUUCGUCCCAAGGUGUCGGCCCCUGCAGCACGAAGACCAACAUUGGCUGCCAAGCGAGCGCAGGCGCUUUUGCGGACAGUCAUGCUCCGCCGGACCAAAGAAAGCGAACUGAACGGCAAGAAGAUUCUCCAACUUCCGCCCAAGACAGUGGAGAUAGUUCAACUCGACUUCAGCUCCGAAGAACGAGCCAUGUACGCCAGUGUCGAGAGACGUGCCCGAGUCAGGAUGAACAAAUAUCUUCGAGCCGGGACUGUGCUCAAAAAUUAUCAUGUCAUUCUCGUCAUGCUAAUGCGACUUCGGCAGCUCUGUUGCCAUCCAUGGUUGUUGCGAGCGACGAAAAAUCAAGUAUCACCGGAUGGUCUGGAUCUGACAGUCACCGAUGACGAAAUCUUUGGCGACCUCGAUGCCUCAAAAGGCAAUGACGAGCAAGAAUUCGGCCGAGCAGUGGCGCUCUUGGGUCAAGGAUGGGUUGACAAGGUGUCGGAUAUGCUAAAGAAGCGUUACGAUACGAUGCUUCAAAAUCCCCCUCCCGGUACCCAAGCGCGUACUGAUGAUGAUGAGAACGACUACAAUUGCCCAGUCUGCUUCGAGCCUUACACGGACGAACGCAUCACCGCUUGCCAGCACUCGUUCUGUGCCCAAUGUAUCGAAGACGUCCUCAAUAGACCUGCCAACGACCAUCGAAUGACAGACGACCAAGUCAACCGUGGUGUCUGCCUUUGCCCUUUGUGUCGAGCAGAGGUUACGAGGCAGCUCUUGUUCAGAGCUUUGGCCCUCUACAGACCUCCCGAGGAUGACGAAGACGAAGACGAAGUAGAAGAGGAUAUCAAAUCUGGCUCCAGCUCCGGCAAAAGAUUGUAUGAUGCUGGGGACAUCAAACCGUCGAAAAAAGCCAAGAUUGACAAAGGCAAGGGCAAAGCCGCAAAGAAAGAGAUCGAUGAGCUCGACGAAGACGAUGAGCGCGGGAUCGAUCAAGUGGUACCGAGUACCAAGAUGAUAGAGAUUGGGUUCAUUCUAGAUUCCAUUUUCGAGGUAGAGGAAGCCCAAAAGACACUCAUUUUCUGCUCUUUCGUCGAGAUGCUCGAUCUUGCUGCCUUAUUUCUCGAACGACGUGGUAUCCCGCAUACCGUGUACACCGGCAAACUGUCGCAAGAUGAUCGAAGUGCUGCAGUUGCGGCCUUCAAUGACAGCAAGGAUCCCAACAGUCCGCGAGUCAUGCUUAUUUCGAUGAAAUGCGGCGGAGUCGGCCUGAACCUGACUGCUGCGAACAAUGUCAUCUGCUUGGACAUGGCUUGGUCGCCUGCUGCGGAGCUGCAAGCCAUCGACAGGGCGCAUCGCAUUGGCCAGACGAGACCAGUGUCUGUAAAACGCUUGGUCAUCAGAGAUUCGGUGGAUGAACGUAUUUUGGCUCUGCAACAGAAAAAGCAGAGUCUGGCAGAUGGUGCACUUGGAGAAGGCGGUGGUGGAAAAUUGGGCCGUUUGACAGCCCAGCAAUUGGUCGCACUUUUCGGUCGAGACGAUGAGUAGAAUGUGCUGAGCCAGACUGUUUGCUUUGAGAAUCAAUUGCUCCGGAGGAUAUCGAAAUUGGUCGAGAGGGCCGUACUGCCGGCGAGUGCUAGAACAGAAGGAAAAAAGAUAUCACACGGUGCACGAGACCUGCCCAACGAGAAGCUGGGCAAUUGUAUAGACCGAUGGCUUCCGAGACUAGAUGCUCACGUCUCUUGUACAUACAUAGCUAGAUCGCCGACAUGCCCUUUUUCAUGCAAUCCAAUGUCAG